AUGGAGGCCAGUGAAGACGGCGCUGCGGCACGCGGUGAGAUUCCAGUCAGUCGCGACGGACUCCGGGCGCGAUCCGCGCUCUGCCCGUGGAAUGGAUCGAGAGGCUGGGACGAAGGCGAUGACCGCAGCCUGCUGCUGUGCCAGCUUCGCCGAGGAACCAAGUCGCUCACCACAGCCACAGCCCCCUCCGAGACCACCAGCUGGCGUUCUUCGUCGAUGGCGUGCGCCCGCCUGGGCAUCACGUCGGCCAGCGGGAAAGGCGCGCGGGAUUCACGUAGGAGGAGAAGGCGUUUCUCAGAGCCUCCCGGCAGAGGCUACGGUACGCGCCUGUUGCUCAGAGCUAAGAGCAAGAGCCUGCCGGUCAUCUUGGAGGUAAGCGACGUGGCCGCAUCAGCGGAGCUCAAGCCCGAAGACGCCACUCACGCUGUACAGGUCCAGUCGGCUCCAGCUAAACCGGAGUCCGAACGCCAUGACGUCCCGAGUGAUGUCGGCAAAGGAACGGGAACCGUCCAGUACAGGUGUCCCGCCGUGGUUGCACUCUGCGCAGCCGCGGUGCUGCUUUCCGCGUCGACCUUCGCCAAGUCGUGGGCGGCGCGGCGCAGGGCGACUCGCUACGUCGCCACGUGUCAUUCCGAAGGCUGCGCACUCAUCGACUCCGAGAUGCGCGACCUGGUGAGCGCGCAGUUCGAGCCGUGCGUCGACUUCUACGACUACGUGUGUGGCAGCUGGACAGGAGCGCCGGACCGCUUCUCGUCUUUCGUGGACGACCAGCGCGUCUACGCGAAGGCUGCCACGGUCGCCUACCUGCUCGAAUUGCUCAGCAAAGAGCUGCUUCGCCUAAUAAAAUCAUUUCAUGCUUGGCUAACUUCACUACCUUUUCCUUAUUGCUUCUUUCACUCCCACUCUUUCGUGCCUCCGUUCACUAUGUCCCACAGUCGUGAAUGCGAAAAUGCGAGUGUCAGAAUGCCUACACAAAGCCAACUCCUUUGCCAGCCUUCAGCAGUAUAUCGUUCUGGUAGUAUCAAUGUUCAGCAGGCUAUUCGUGCGGUUCUUAAUGCUGGUACUUUGGCGUGCUUCGUGCAUCUGUUACAACGCUCUUUGCCAUGGUUCACGCAGAAAGUUGGACAAGACACCGUGAUCGCCUCCAUGGCCUCAGUCUACAACGGCUGCGUCGAGCACUUCGCCGCGCGCAAGUCGCUGGACUCGGUCGCCGACGAAGUGCUGCGCGCUCUCAACGUCCGACUAGAGACCUGGAGAAACUCGACUCUAGCCGGUAUGCUGCCCCGGCUGGUUGAGUUUUCGCUGCUCUACAGGCUUCACUCGUUCUUCGCCUUGACCUUUGAAGCCCGCUCGAUGCCACUGCGUAUGACAGUGGGAAAAGUUGUGCGCAACAUAUCGGCUGCCGUGUACAGCCUCGACAAGCUCUACUCCUACUUCGAAACCAUGGUUGUCGCCUUCGAUAAAGCUGCUGCAGCCCGCUACGAACUCCUUCGCGAGCUGGUCAAGCUAGACGGAACGGUUCACGAGGCCACCAAGAUGGCUAGCAAAGUUGAAACGACGCUGCCUCUGGAGCAACUUGACAUGGAAGGAGUACCACACGAAAUGUGGGCGUCAUCUGUAAACCGGGCCUUCUCCUUGGACAGCGAGGUGUCGCUUGCAACGAAAGUAGUUAUCGAGAGUAUCGGCAGAAUUCGCGACGCCUUUUCGGCAGUGGUGAGAACGGAUUCUGCAGUCUUGUCCAUGUACCUUCUUGUCCUGGUCACUUCGCAAGCGAUACGCUACGAAUUCUACGAGCGCUACGCCGAGGUAGAGCAGAGAGUUGGUUGGGUACAUGUGUCGUGCACCGAGGUGCUUAGCAGGCUGUUUCCCAUGCACUACGCUAAUCUGGAAGCGACGGCCCUGCGAGAGCACGUGCACAACACGACGGUGUCGGAACUGCUCGAAGAAUCCAGGGAGUACCUAAUGGACUGCUUGAACGACAGUGCCACGAUUGAUGCCUCUGCCAAAGAAAGAAUACGCGAACAGCUUAAUAACAUAGACGUCGUAUUCGUCGAGCCUGUGAACGUCGGUGAUUUUCUUGUAGAGAGUGACGCGGAACACACGCAAAGUUACAUCGAAAAUAUGUUCAUCGCAACACGUCAGGAGGCAAGGGAACGUGCUCUGAACAAGUCCAGGUGGCCACCAAACUCACGCAUGCUGGCUCGCAUGCAGUGGAUCGGCUCUUUCAGCUACAUCGAGAAACUCCGCGCCAUUGUGAUAGGCAGCCAGAACUUCCUUUCUGUACCACAAUUUUCUUCGGAUAUAUCCAGGAAAGUCUCUAACUACGCGAUUCUACUUGCUCGCUUCGUGCGGGAGCUGCUCGUCGCACUGCCGCACGAACUUACAGACACCCACAUUUGCUCGCCGUUUAUUCAAGACAGAGUGAGCUUCGUUUCGGAGACCCAAGCUGUCGAGCUCUUUAGGCAGGUCAAGUCGCUUCGCCUUGCCUAUCAAGCGUACAAGCAACGGAAACAUCAUUGUUAUGACAUCGAAGAAUCAGGUCUCGUCUCGUUCGACAGGAACUUUUUCCAGGUGUUCUGCGUUCAGUUCUGCAGCCAUCCUCUGCUAGAGCCGACACCGUCCCUACUGCGCAUGCGCCACAGGUGCGAGAUGUCCGUGCGCUCACUGCCAGAGUUUUGGGAAGCGUACAAGUGUCCGGAAGAACUGGGGAAACGGUCGGCGAUGCGGGAUUGCCAGGUGCCACGCCAACGACACUGAUCGCAUACUAGAGCUGUGAACCGAAACAUUAAAUGAACUCCGCGAUGGAAAUCAUUGCACGUCGUGGCGCGUUAUAGUUAUGCUAUAACAUAUAACAGAUCGUUAACGCUCGAGCACUAGCCUUGUUGUUUGGUUAUUCUUUAAUACACUGCUGGCAUUGGACAUUAUGAAUUGGUUGAGUCCGGACGCUGUCAAAAGCGCGCACGCGUAGCUUCCAGGGCCGGCUAGAGAAAAGUUAAUCAAGUUCUCACUCGUAAUUGAGCUUUUCGAGAAUUGGCACACAAAGCAUAUACGCUGAGAAGAUUCCAUUGCCGUUAGAGGCAAGGUCUUCUGUGUCAUGAGGCGAAUGGGCGUGCACACGACCACAGUUGAACAG